CUGGGCUGCAUAAAACUGGGGUUGGCCUCAGAGCUUAGCCUUAUGCCUUCCUGACAGCAUGAGGCCCAGCAACUCCCUGGUCCUGGGGCUGUCCCUCCUGGGUGUCGUCUUUGUGACUCUGGUGGCAGAGGCAGCUGUCACAGGAGUUCCUUCUAAAGGCCAAGACACUAGCAGCGACCACGUUCUGGUCACAGGACAAGAUGCAUUUACAAGCCAAGAUCCCAUCAAAGACCAAGUUCGACGGGAAGUCUCCAUUAAGUCUCCAGUCUCCACUAAGCCAGGCUCCUGCCCCAAUAUUCUGAUCCGCUGUGCCAUGCUAAAUCCCCCCAACAGGUGUCAGAGCGACGCUGAGUGCCCAGGGGCCAAGAAAUGCUGUGUGGGCCCCUGUGGGCUGGCCUGCUUGCACCCCCAAUGAGGUGGAGCGUGUCUUUGCUGCACCUGUGACGCCCCCAGGGCCAUAAGCCCUGGUCUGGUGGCACUCCCCCCUGCCACCCUGCUCAUUCUCCCUCUCACCCAGCGUGCCCAGCCUGGCCUGCUGCUCUCAUCGAAUUUCCAAUAAAUACCACUUCUGCUCU